AUGGCUGUCUCUUUGCCACCGAGCCUGGGACUCAGUUCUGCCCCAGAAGAAAUCCAGCAUCCACAUGUUAAAUUUUCAGAAUGGAAAUUUAAACUCUUCAGGGUGAGAUCCUUUGAAAAGAAAUCUGAGGAAGCUCAAACAGAAAAGAAGGAUUCCCCAGAGGAGAGACCCUCUCUAGAACAAUCUCCAGCUGUCCUGGAUGAGACUGGUGGUCAGAAGCCAACCCUGACUCAACCAGCAUUAAAGGCUCAUCCUAAGUUUUUGAAGAAAUCCUUUGAUGAUGGGAGAGCAAGAGACAAAGCAAUCCAUCAAGCCAACCUUCGACAUCUCUGCCGCAUCUGUGGAAUUUCUUUUAAAACUGAUGAGCACAACAGGAGAUACCCAGUCCACGGGCCUGUGGAUGGUGAAACCCAAGAGCUUUUACGGAAGAAGGAAAGGAGAGUCACUUCCUGGCCAGACCUCAUUGCCAAGGUUUUCCGGAUCGAUGUGAAGGCAGAUGUUGACUCAAUCCAUCCCACUGAGUUCUGCCAUAACUGCUGGAACAUCAUGCACAGGAAGUUUAGCAGUGCUCCAUCUGAGGUAUACUUCCCAAGGAACGCAACCAUGGUAUGGCACCCACACACACCAUCCUGUGAUAUCUGCCACACUGCCCAUCGGGGACUUAAGAGGAAGAGUCAUCAGCCAAAUCUGCAGCUCAGCAAAAAACUCAAAACCGUGCUUGACCGAGCAAGACAAGCCCGUCAACACAAGAGAAGUGCUCAGACAAGGAUCAACAGCAAGGAAGUCAUGAAGAAGAUCACCAACUGCAGUAAGAUCCAUCUUAGUACCAAGCUGCUUGCAGUGGACCUUCCAGUACACUUGGUGAAAUCUAUCUCCUGCCAGAUUUGUGAACACAUUCUGGCUGACCCUGUAGAGACCAGCUGUAAGCAUGUGUUUUGCAGGAUCUGCAUUCUCAGAUGCCUCAAAGUCAUGGGCAGCUAUUGUCCCUCUUGCCAGUAUCCCUGCUUUGCGAGUGACCUGGAGAGUCCAGUAAAGUCCUUUCUGAGCAUCUUAAAUUCCCUGACAGUGAAAUGUCCAGCAAAAGAGUGCAAAGAGGAGGUCAGCUUGGAAAAAUAUAAUCAUCAUGUCUCAAGCCAUAAGGGAUCACAGGAGACUUUUGUGCAUAUUAAUAAAGGGGGACGGCCUCGCCAGCAUCUCCUGUCCUUGACCCGGAGAGCUCAGAAGCACCGUCUGAGGGAGCUCAAGAUGCAAGUCAAGGCUUUUGCUGACAAAGAAGAAGGUGGAGAUGUGAAGUCUGUGUGCUUGACCUUGUUCCUGCUGGCGCUGAGGGCGAGGAAUGAGCACAAACAAGCUGACGAGCUGGAGGCCAUCAUGCAGGGACGGGGGUCUGGCCUGCAGCCAGCUGUGUGCUUGGCCAUCCGCAUCAACACUUUCCUCAGCUGCAGCCAGUACCACAAGAUGUACAGGACUGUGAAAGCCAUCACAGGCAGGCAGAUUUUUCAGCCUUUGCAUGCCCUUCGGAAUGCUGAGAAGGUCCUUCUGCCAGGCUAUCACCCCUUUGAGUGGCAGCCACCUCUGAAGAAUGUGUCUUCCAGCACUGAUGUUGGCAUUAUUGAUGGACUGUCUGGACUAACCUCCUCUGUGGAUGACUACCCAGUGGACACCAUUGCAAAGAGAUUCCGCUAUGACUCAGCUUUGGUGUCUGCUCUGAUGGACAUGGAAGAAGACAUCUUGGAAGGCAUGAGAUCCCAAGACCUUGAUGACUACCUGAAUGGCCCCUUCGCGGUGGUGGUAAAGGAGUCUUGUGAUGGAAUGGGAGAUGUGAGCGAGAAGCAUGGGAGUGGGCCGGCAGUUCCAGAAAAGGCCGUCCGCUUUUCAUUCACAAUCAUGAGAAUUACUAUAGCACAGGGUUCACAGAAUGUGAAGGUGUUUGAGGAAGUCAAACCCAACUCUGAACUGUGCUGCAAGCCACUGUGCCUUAUGCUGGCAGAUGAGUCCGACCACGAGACUCUGACUGCCAUCCUGAGCCCUCUCAUUGCCGAGAGGGAGGCCAUGAAGACCAGUGAAUUAAUGCUCGAGAUGGGAGGCAUCCUCAGGAAUUUCAAGUUCAUCUUUAGGGGUACUGGCUAUGAUGAAAAACUUGUCCGGGAGGUGGAAGGUCUCGAGGCCUCUGGUUCAGUCUACAUCUGUACCCUCUGUGAUGCUACCCGCUUGGAGGCCUCUCAAAAUCUUGUCUUGCACUCCAUAACCAGAAACCACACUGAGAACCUGGAGCGCUAUGAGGUCUGGCGUUCCAACCCCUACCAGGAGUCUGUGGAAGAACUGCGUGAUCGGGUGAAAGGGGUCUCAGCCAAACCUUUCAUUGAGACGGUUCCUUCCAUUGAUGCACUCCACUGUGACAUUGGCAAUGCAGCUGAGUUCUACAAGAUUUUCCAGCUAGAGAUAGGGGAGGUGUAUAAGAAUCCCAAUGCUUCCAAAGAGGAAAGGAAAAGAUGGCAGGCCACAUUGGACAAACAUCUCCGGAAGAAGAUGAACCUAAAACCAAUCAUGAGGAUGAAUGGCAACUUUGCCAGGAAACUGAUGACCAGAGAGACUGUUGAAGCGGUUUGUGAAUUAAUUCCCUCUGAGGAGAGGCAUGAAGCUCUGAGGGAGCUGAUGGACCUUUACCUGAAGAUGAAGCCUGUAUGGAGAUCAACAUGUCCUGCUAAAGAGUGCCCAGAAUCCCUCUGCCAGUAUAGUUUCAAUUCACAGCGUUUUGCUGAGCUCCUCUCUACCAAGUUCAAGUAUAGAUAUGAGGGCAAAAUCACUAACUAUUUUCACAAAACCCUUGCACAUGUCCCUGAAAUUAUUGAGAGGGAUGGCUCCAUUGGGGCAUGGGCAAGCGAGGGAAACGAAUCUGGCAACAAACUGUUCAGGCGCUUCCGAAAAAUGAAUGCCAGGCAGUCCAAGUGUUACGAAUUGGAAGAUGUCCUGAAACACCACUGGUUGUACACCUCUAAAUACCUCCAGAAGUUUAUGGAUGCUCAUAAUGCUUUGAAAAACUCUGGGUUUCCCAGGAACUCAGAGGCAAGUGUAGGGGACACAUUGGGUCUAGAGAACUCUCUGGAAACUCAGGAUUCAAUGGAAUUUUAA